AUGGCGCGUACUCAUCAUCUUCGUUUGCUCUCGUUCAUUAAUCCUCCUCGCGGCCAUGUUCGACAGACAGCUGCUAUUGGAGCCAUACUUUCCCCGUUAGUCGAAAAUCACGUUCCAUCAUUUGCUUGUCCCAAUAAUCUCGAGCAAAACGUGGCGGCUAAGAAUUCGGUGUUGGCGUGCAGGAUGAAGAAAAGUAUUGAAGAGAAUGAUGAGUAA